AGAAGUAUCUACAGGCAACUUCCUGUCAAAAAGUUACUUUUCAAAAAUUGUAACAAAAAGUACAUUUCAGUUUGAUUUGAGAUAGUAUUGUAUUAUAUAGACAUCACUUCAGUAGGUGUAAAUGAUAGUUAAACCAUUUGAACCAGUUGUCAACGCAAAAUGAUUUCGAUAAGGAUCUGUGCGCGGAAUCAAAAUAAAUUCCAAAACUUUUCACAAUUAUUUUUCAACACAUGCCCUUCAAAGGAUACAAAAUUGUGCAAAAAUGACAUUGUUAGGAGGUUCUUACACAGAAAUGCAUUAAACCAAAAACUGAAAGAAGAUUCUGGACGCCAUAAUACACAAAUUGCAGAACAGAAAGACAAGCCAUUCUCUGAACUUUCACUGGGACAGAAAGUUGCUAGGACAGGGAAGGAUGCUUCUUACUUAACAGUCAUUGUAAUCGGAGUAUCAAUCACAGGUGCUAUGUUCUAUAUGAUUGGAAGGGAACUAUUUUCUAGAGAGAGCCCUAAUGGUGUCUACAGCACUGCAUUGAAAGAUUGCACAAACGAUGUUAGGAUAGAGGCAGCUCUAGGGAAGCCAAUAAAGGGUUAUGGAGAAACAACAAGAAGAGGGAGACGUAGGUUUACAAGUCACUCGGAGUAUGAAGUAGAAGGGGUGAAGCACAUAAGAAUGAAGUUCUACAUUGAAGGACCACACAAUAAGGGAACUGUACACUUGGAAAAAGUGAAGGACCCCAAUAAUAAAUACCAGUACAGAUAUAUGUUUGUGGAUUUGGACAACUCUAAUAGGUCUAUUAUAAUAGAAGACAAUAGACAAAUGCUAGAUAAUUUAUUGAAACAAGUAUAGACUACAGCAACAAGCAUAUAGGCCUUAACAACAAGCAUAUAGGCCUCAACAAGCAUAUAGACCUCAACAACAAGCAUAUAGGCCUCAACAACAAACUCAGCGUACAACAAGAUACAAAAGAUAUAGACAACAAUACUAUAACCCUGGAGACUAGCAAACGUAAUAUCUGGAUGGAUGAUAUUUGACUGCAUUGUGUAAUAUUGAAAUAUAAAUGUCCUUCAGUGGUGCCUCAUAUGCAAUGAAAUGAAUUACAAAAAAUGGUCUACAUGUACCAUUGUAAAUUAUAUAGUGUUCUCUUAUUAUUUGCUUCAUAGGCUUACAAACUGUAUACUAA